AGCCUGCGCACUGCGCUCCCGCGUCCCCCUUCUGCCCGGCCGGCACUCGCGCGUCCCGGCGCUGAAGAUGGCGGAGGGUGGUGGUGGCAGUGGCGCGGCCCCCCCCUCCAGCUCUUCCUCCUCCUCCUUGAAGGGGCUGCGGGAGCAGAUGGUUGCUGCAGCCCAAGCCAUAGCAGAAGAAAGAAGAAACCAAAGCGGCAUUUGCCCUAUUGCAGUCCAGACCUCAAUAAAUAUAAAGACAGCAACUAAACCAGUGAUAGAUGGUUCUACUCUGAGAACAGAAGAAAGACAAAGACUGGCAAGGGAGCGUAGAGAAGAGCGGGAAAAGCAACAUGCUGCCAAAGAGACGCAAAUCCUUGAAAAGGAGAGAAAAGCAAAACUCCAGUAUGAAAAACAAUUAGAAGAAAGGCAGAGAAGGCUAAAAGAACAGAAGCAGAAAGAGGAACAACGGAGGGCAGCAGUAGAAGAAAAGAGAAAACAAAAAAUAGAGGAGGAAAAGGAGCGAUAUGAAGCAGUUAUGCAUCGCACCUUGGAACGGAGUCAGCGACUGGAAACACGACAGAAGAGAUGGUCAUGGGGAGGGUCGGUAACUCCAGAUUCAGAGAGCAAAACAGAACAACAGACUGCAGAUGAAGGUGGAACUGGUGCCAGCAAGCGGUCCACCUCCACAGCAAACCUCAAACAGACAGAAGCUGUCGUGAAUAAACGGUUGUCAUCAUCUGCAGCGCUUUUAAAUACUUCUGAUCGAAGUACCACAAAGAGAAGUGCCUCAUUAAACAGACUGAAUAACAAAGUUCCUCUACAUUCUCAGCAGUCAGCACUCAAAGGUUCGCAGGUGGAACAGAAAGGAGGAACAGAGAAGAGGAGGAGCACAUCUUUGAAUAGAAUGAGUAGUAAACCCCAAUCCUCUCCAGAACUAGAAAAAGUGAAAAAGGAAGAAAAACCAGCUCGUCGCUCCCAGCUCAGUCCUUUGGACAGUAGCGUAAUCAGUCGCCUCCUCGCCCCCACACAGGCCUCCUUAGCUAGGAGUAAAAGUGCUGCUACAUUAUCGGCUGAUGGACAAGAUCCCUCAGAAUCUCACCUCUGUCCUCGUUCAGCUUCAGCCAGUUCCAUCAAUUCCCCAGUCCCAACUCCUAAAGUGCCCGUGCGCAGUCGUAGCAUCGACAGAUUGAAGUCCUCUGUAUCUUCAUCUGAUGCAAGUUCACCAGAACCAACCCAGAAAUCAGAGACAGAAAAACCAUCCCCAGGUUCUGGUUUAAGACGUCCUCCCUCGCCAUCUGUGUCUGCCCGUAGAAGAUCCCCCUCUCCUGCUAAUUUGGUGAAGCGUCCUCCAUCACCUUCUACAGUUAGACAAAAGACUCGCCCACCUUCACCUAGUGUGUCAAAACAAAGGCCACCAUCUCCUACUCCAGCCUCUAAACCGGCACCCAUACAACGUCCACCCCUCACGCCAGGUGUUAUAAACAUUACCAAAAAGAAGGCUGAAGCAGAGAGCAAACCAAAGGAUAAGAGCACUGAAGGAACAGGACAAGAGCAAGGUGCUUCACCAGCCUUGGACAGGGAUGCGGUAGCAGCUAGCACAAAGACCAAAGAAGAAUCAGGUAGCAAAACAGUAGCAGGGACCACCACAGCUGAAGAAGCUGCUAAAAUCUUGGCAGAGAAACGACGUCUAGCACGGGAACAAAGAGAGCGUGAAGACCAAGAACGAAUUCAGAGACAGGAAGAGGAAAGAAUCAGAGAAGAAGAAAUAGCCAAGAGAGCAACUGAGGAAGAAGCACAACGGGAGGAGGAGCUCCGCAAGCAGGAGGAAGAAAAGAGACUGGCUUAUGAAGAACAACAAAGGCAAGCUGAAGAGGAGAGGAUCCGCCGAGAACAGGAAGAACAGGAAAAACUUGCAGAGCUUCAACACCAGAGAGAAGAAGCUGAAGCAAAAGCUCAAGAAGAGGCUGAAAGACAGCGGCUGGAAAGAGAGAGAAUUAUGCAGCAAAAUUUGCAGGAAAGGCUUGAAAGAAAAAAGAGAAUUGAAGAAAUAAUGAGAAGAACACGAAAAUCAGAUCAAAACGAAUCCAAGUUGCAGAAUGAAGGGAAGUCUGCCUCUGAGGCUAUGGAGGGAGAGGAUAUUGAAGAGGAGGAAGAGUUGGGUCUUGAGAAGGCUGAUCAACCAGGAAAGCUAAAUGGUAUUGACUUAGCCCAGGAAGUCAAGGGGGAGGCAGAGGUUUCUUCAGAGACUGCUCAUAGCUUGAUCUCUACAGAAUCUGAGGAACAAGAUGUGUCAGAAUUGAAGGCCACUGAAGUGUUUAUGAAUGGAGGCAAUUUGAAUGAGGGGUCUCUACUUGUUACUGAAUUAAAGGAUUGCAGCCAUCCUGCAAAAGAAAUGGUUAUCAGUGACUCAGUGAAGUUGGGUGUUAACGAAGCUGAUCGUACAGUUGGACUUACUCAGAAUCUUAAUGGAAAAUCUGGUUCGUGGACUUUUGAGGAGUUUAUUGACGUUGGAGUACAUUCCAAGUCAAGCAAACUGAGCUCAGACAGCAUCUCUGCUGGUAACUGUAAUCAAAACUUGAAUGAUGCUGCUACAAUACCUUCUAGUCCCAAACUGGCUUUUGAAGAAGAUGGUGCAGUGAAUUCAUUGACCAAACCUAUAAAUGCUUCCUCAGGUAAUCCAAGCUGAUUUCCCUAUCUGUCUCUUCCUCUGGCUAGGUAAUUAACUUCCUUGCAUUUUACUCUCCUUGCCUUAACUAAAGCUUCUUAUUUACAAGGCACUUUUUCCAAUGUGUAGACCAGAGGGAAAGCUCGCUCUUUAGUGCUCGUAGCUUGCGUUCUGUCAAAAGGAGUCACCAACUGAUGCCUUUUUAGGGACUUGCUCCUGACAGCAGCUAAGGCCCGACAUUAAGGCUCUUCCAAAGACACAGCUGAGCCCCGUGAAGCUCAUGUACCUCCUACCAGCACUCAAGCCCAUCUGUUGUAUUUUAAGCUGCUUCUACGAUAACUUGAAUGGCACAUGUUACUUUUGAAGAUACUAACAGUUUAAAAGGUGUCUGAUGUAACUAUACAGACAAGAAUUUUCCACUCCUAGGCAUGUUCUGUAACUUUCUGAUGCUGAGCUGCAUGGUCUUACAAGGCCUUUUCAGGCUCUGGCAAGGUAUUAGCUGUCUUCUCUACUUACUGUAGAAUAGUCUUCCACUUCACUGAGGGGGGUGACACCAACCUUAAGUUCCAUACAUGUUUGUGUUACAUUCUGGGAGGAGUAAUAAAGCUGCUCACGUAAUAUUCUGAAUUUUCUGGAAGAAGCAGGGCUGCAUCUGAAGCCACAUGUACUUGAGAAGCCAAACCCUGAUGCAGUACUGCGUAGCCUGUCAGAGAGGCUUCAGCAGGCUAGUUUAUGUAAGGUUACACUUCUCUGGUGUUGGAGCUAAACCCCAAAUGGACCUACUCACAGCAGGAGGUCUCUUUCCAUGAGAUAAAUGACUGUGUGAACAGUUGAAAUGAAUGGUAGUGGAAAAAACAAGACUUGCUAUCCACAUUUUCCUUAAGUGAUGUGUAGCACUUUUUUUGAUUAAAGUGUAGCACUUUUCUAGACUGAACUGUUUCCUGAGUCUCCUCUGUCACACUGCGUCUUGUGAAUUUUAGUCCCGUGGACAUAGUGUUAGCGAGACUUUCCUUGAAGCCAUGACUAACUGGGCCCUGGGAAUAGAUGGAUGUAAUGUGAUACUGCUGAUCACACUUUGUUCUGAUCAAAAUAAUUAACUUUUUAGCGAAGAAAGCAUUGCCUUUUAAUUUUGACCUUGAAAAUGUUUAGAUGUAAUAUGGUUUAAGAAUUAUGUACCUAACUUUGAAAACUAAUAUAAGUAUAGAAAAAAAGCUACUGCGCUGAUUUGGACCGUAAGUAACCAAGUGGUUCUGUGCUCGCUCCCUGGACGUAGACUGACUGUGGUAAUAGACGUAUGUGGCACACACGCAGCUAUGAUGGUUAAAUGUUUUCUUCUCUUUGCUCUCUGGACAGAACUGUGAACACUAGAGACCUGGAAAUAAUCUGAUUGCACUCAAGUAAUCCAGUGCUUUAUCAAGUACCGAAGGCCUUGUUUUGAAAAGCUGCUUGUUUACCCUUGUCCAUCUUCAAGUUUGCAGAAAACAAAAAACAGCAGGGGAGGGAUGACAAACUUCUAGAUUUGCACCUUGAAACAUUUCAGAGAAACUAUUGAGCUGAUGUUCCUUUUCCAUUUGUUUAGCUGAUCAUUAGAUAAGAGUUCCUAGUUUAAAUAUCACUUGUUUCCCUUUUACAGACUUUAACCUGUUUGAGUCUUUUUUUCUCCCCGCCAUCAGUAUCGUGUACAGCAACAUGCCACUGGAGGCUCUCCAGUGAGCUACUGGCCAGAUUUUGCAUAUUCCUAAAAAUGGCACUUGAUGAAAUAAGAGUCAUUCAGUGUGUGUUAAAGGUGAACUCCUUUUGUAAUGUUCUAGAAAAAUGCUGUUACUUGGUGGCUCACAUACUAUUUAAAACCACAAAAUUUAAUAUCUUCAGUUUUGAAUGGAGAAGAAAAAUUUCUUAUUCUCUACUGUGAAAAUAUUGGCAGUUUCAAAACGCAGUAUUGUAGCACAGCUAAUGUUUUUUAAUCUGUUGGAAAACAUAAAAACAUUUUACAUAUGCACUACUAUGUUACAAAAAUGUCAAGUACCUAGAUGUGACUGUCAUAGUGCAGUUUAACAUGUCAUGCUUUUAAAAAUGUUUUCCUUUUGAAUUACAUAUUUAAGUUUAUCUACACUCAUGGAAGUAUUAUUUUAUUGUGUACAUAACAGUAUUAGACCACUGAAAUCAUGUUUUGUUCAUGUUAAUUAUUCUAAGUGUUCCCGUUCUAGCUUUAUAACAGUGGCUGCAAGCUACAUCUUAUUUUUUCCCUUCCCCUAAAGCCUGCAUUAAGUAAUCUAUUUAACCUAAACUUGCCUGCUUUUUACAGCAUGAAGAGAUUAACUAUAAGCAUCUUCUGAAAAUUGCUACUAAAAGUAAUAAUGCAGACUUGUUCUUAUGUCUCCUGUAACAGACAUACUGGGUAAGUGAUGACUGUAAAGAAUAGCUGUCUCAAAUCCUGCUAUGAACCAUUGGCUGAUACUGUAACUCAAAUGAAUCAUCCAAAUGGCAGCUGUGUUUUCAGUGGUUAAAUGCAAAUGGUUUUGCUGGAACUAAAUGUGUUCUUUCCUUGACAUAGCAGUUACAGUAGGAAACCCUGAGCUUUCUUACUCUCACUGUUUGCUAGUCAGAAUACGGUAGAACUGUUUUAGACUUUAGAGCAGUGCCUUAGGUAAAAAGAAAAAUGUAUUUUUGUAUGAUAGUUGUUUCAUUCUGGCAGAGACAAUCAUUCUAACAAAAAAGAUGCUGGUAUUUUUUCUGUGCUGAUAUUAUUUGUUGAAUGGUCUGUUACAGCUCUUUGUAAAUACAUGCGCACUGUUAAAUAAACUUUGCAGUUGAACAAUG